GGUGUGGCCUAGCCCACACUACUGACAAUAUCCGUAUAAAAAGAAACAGGCUUGUUGGACACCCAUAUCAAAAAUUUGACAUCGUACCCUAAGAAAAUAUUUUACCUGAGAAGUAUUGGAGGACUAAAACCUCAUCUUCGACAAACAAUUGUCAUCGGGGUUUUUUUUUUGGUCACCGUAUUUCACAAAUAUGGAGAACGAUCUUAGAGCAAUGGACUAUCAGCUCUCUGACUUUCAGACCAUUAACGGCCAAAUGUUGUACCAGACAUUUGUCAACGAGCCCCCCGCCUGCAUGUUUUCGAUCUCCCCGGAGUCCUCCCCGGAGCCCGGGACAACGCACGUAUACGACAAGGAAAAUGCACGUGGAAUGAUGUGCAAAAGACGACUGGAUUUCGGUCAGCAACCCGACUACCUCGGGCUGCACAAACCGCCAACUGUUGCUGUGGCCAGACGCAACGAGCGAGAGAGAAACCGGGUCAAACUGAUCAACAUGACCUUUGCCACACUCCGAGAGCACAUCCCGGCCGGCGCCAAAUGCGGAAAAAGUAAGAAACUUAGUAAAGUGGACACCCUGAAGGCCGCCAUUGACUACAUCCGCUACCUGCAGACCCUAGUGGACGAACACGACGCCGUGAAUGCUGUACUGGACAACAACUGCCUCCCCAAGUCCUCCCCGGGGACCUCAUCACCCGUCUCCCCCUCAGCCAGCUCCCCCCACCCAAGCACCUGCUCUGAGACAUCUCAUGAGGGACUCAAUCUCAGCACAGAAGAAGAAGAGCUCCUCGACUUCACGAACUGGUUCUAGUCCUGACGAGAAAGAGGCUUCAAAUCAUCAGCCCGUGAUUGGAUAAAAAACGAAAGGUGCACGCGCUUGGCGUAACGCUGCCUGCCAUCUAAGCUCCGCCCCGUAAGACACACCAUAGCGACAACGCCAGGUGCAAAGGAGGUGUUCCCCAUGAUUGACAGGUUCUUGAAAAGCAGAACACGAGUCUUGGGACAGCACGCGAGUGAUCGUGAACAAAUAGGUCUUCCAAAACGCAGAAAAAAGAUACUGCUUCACUACUAGAUGACGGAUGGCGGUGUCAAAAUUAUGCAAAUUGUGAGAAAAAAACGUUGACAAUUAGCUGUAGAAUUUAUAAUUCUAUUUUAUUGAUAGAUAUAUUACAAAUAAUAUUUGAUCAGAUGUAUUUUUAUACAAAUCAAAUUUGAAUCAUUUCAUUGUAUAUUUUUUUUAUAUAUUUUAUAUACACUACUUUACACAAGUGCUAAUAUUUGUAUAAUUAUUUAAAAUGCAUACAGAUAUCUCUAUUUUAGAAACAUAUAUAAAUUAGAAUUUAUUAUAAUAAAAAC